AUGAAGCAGGCUCUGGGUCUUGGUCUUCUGUGUUUGCUGCUCUGGUCGGAGUCUGCAGUGGCUCAGUUUCCACGUGUUUGCUGCACAGUCCAGGGGAUCCUGUCCAAGCAGUGCUGUCCAGCUCUGGGCUCUGAUCCCACCAACAUGUGUGGUGUGCUGACAGGGAGAGGAAGCUGCGUGACCGUACAAGUGGACGAGAAACCGUGGGGAGGACCGUACAGUCUUAGAAAUGUGGAUGACAGAGAGAGGUGGCCGACCAAAUUCUUCAACCAGACCUGCAAAUGUAACGGUAACUUUGCAGGGUUUGACUGCAGCCAAUGUAAAUUUGGCUGGAUAGGACCAAACUGUGACCAGAGGAAAGCCCCUGUAGUGCGAAAGAACAUCCACGCUCUGACCCCCCAGGAGCUCCAGGAGUUCCUUGAUGCUCUGGAUUUGGCAAAGACCAGUAUCCACCCAGACUAUGUCAUUGCCACUGAGCACUGGCUGGGACUCCUGGGACCAAACGGGAAUGAACCUCAAGUUACCAACAUCUCUGUUUAUGACUUAUUUGUCUGGCAGCAUUACUACUCUGUGAGAGACACUCUACUGGGUCCUGGUCGUCCAUUCAAAGCCAUUGAUUUCUCACACAAGGGGCCAGCAUUCAUCACCUGGCACAGGUAUCACCUCCUCACCUUGGAAAGAGAGCUACAGAGACUGAUGGGCAAUCCGAACUUCGCAAUCCCAUACUGGAACUUCGCCACAGGGCAGAGAGAGUGUGAUGUGUGUACUGACUCCAUGCUGGGAGGUAGAGACCCGGAAAACCCGUCCUUCAUCAGCAGCCAGUCCAGAUUCUCCAGAUGGGGUGUUAUAUGCAACAGUUUGGAUGACUACAAUCGCCUGGUUACCCUUUGCAACGGCACAAAUGAGGGUUUCAUUCAGAGAGGAGUGAUGGGGAUGUCCAACGCAUCUCUGCCCACCAUGACCGAUGUUAGAAGCUGUCUUGGAAUCAGAGACUUUGACAACCCUCCAUACUAUACCAACUCAUCCUCCAGUUUCAGAAAUGCUCUCGAAGGCUACGAAAAACCAGAUGGCCAACUGGAUGAAUCAGUUACUAACCUCCACAACCUGGUCCAUGAUGUACUCAAUGGAACCAGCUCCAUGCCUCACUCUGCAGCCAACGACCCCAUCUUUGUGGUGCUCCAUGCUUUCACUGAUGCCAUUUUUGAAGAGUGGAUGAAAAGAUUUGCUCCCACCAACGCCACUUUCCCGGACCAGAUGGCCCCCAUUGGUCACAACAGGGACUAUAACAUGGUUCCCUUCUUCCCUGCAAUCGCUAACCAGGACAUUUACAUUCCAGCCGAACAGCUGGGAUAUUCCUACGCUGUUGUCCUGGAGGAGCAAGACGGAGGGCCGAGUGUUUUCGUGCUGGGCUCCACUCUUGGGGGAAUCUUCAUCGGUCUCCUGCUGCUUCUCUUUAUCUUUGUGCUCUGGCUGCGUCAGCGGAGAAACAGAGGCUUUGAACCUCUGAUAAAAGCAGACUUCACCACUAGAAAGUACACAGAGGAAGCCUAG